AUGACGAGCCAGGAGAAGUGGGUUAACCUUAGUCCUGGAGAGUUCUCUCAGCUUCAGAAAUAUGCAGAAUAUUCCACCAAGAAAAUUAAGGAUGUCUUAGAAGAAUUCCAUGGCAGUGGUGUGUUAGCAAAAUAUAAUCCUGAAGGGAAACAAGAUAUACUUAAUCAAACAAUUGAUUUAGAGGGGUUCAAGCUGUUCAUGAAGACUUUUCUAGAGGCAGAGUUACCAGAUGAUUUUGUUGAGCAUCUUUUUACAUCAUUUAGCAACAAAAUCUCCCACUGCAGCCCGUUAAUAAAAAACAAACCCCAGCACCUUUCUGGAGGUCUGAGACUUAACAAAGGUACCUCUACAUCCCGACCUCCUACUCCUGCCAACUUACAUUUGCCAGACAUGAUCCAGCUGAAAGAUAUCGUUUGCUAUUUGUCACUGCUAGAAAGAGGAAGACCUGAAGACAAGCUAGAAUUUAUGUUUCGCUUAUAUGAUACAGAUGGGAAUGGAUACCUGGAUAGUUCGGAGCUGGAAAAUAUCAUUGCUCAAAUGAUGCAUGUUGCAGAAUACCUUGAAUGGGAUGUUACUGAACUGAGUCCAAUCCUUCAUGAAAUGAUGGAAGAAAUUGACUAUGAUCAUGAUGGCACUGUUUCUCUAGAAGAGUGGAUCCAGGGAGGAAUGACAACAAUCCCACUCUUGGUCCUCCUUGGGUUAGAGAAUAAUGUGAAAGAUGAUGGGCAGCAUGUAUGGAGACUGAAACACUUUAACAAGCCUGCCUACUGUAAUCUUUGUUUGAACAUGCUAAUCGGAGUAGGCAAGCAAGGUCUCUGCUGUUCUUUUUGCAAGUAUACAGUCCAUGAGCGCUGUGUCUCAAGAGCUCCCGCAUCUUGCAUCAAAACAUAUGUGAAGUCCAAAAAGAAUACUGAUGUAAUGCACCAUUUCUGGGUAGAAGGAAAUUGUCCAACAAAAUGUGAUAAGUGUCACAAAACUAUAAAAUGUUACCAAGGCUUGACUGGACUUCACUGUGUUUGGUGUCAGAUCACAUUGCAUAACAAAUGUGCUUCGCAUCUAAAACCUGAAUGUGACUGUGGACCUUUGAAGGACCAUAUUUUACCACCGACAUCAAUCUGCCCAGUAGUAUUGCAAACGCUACCCACUUUAGGAGGUUUGCUCCCUGAGGAAAGACAGGCAACGGUGAAAAAAGAAAAGAGUGUCCCCCAGCAAAUGAACAAACUGGGAGAACGGAACAAAAUGCAAAGAGCAAAUUCCGUCACCGUAGAUGGACAAGGUCUUCAGAUCACUCCAGUUCCAGGCACUCAUCCACUUUUAGUUUUUGUCAAUCCUAAAAGUGGUGGGAAACAAGGAGAAAGAAUUUAUAGAAAAUUUCAGUACCUUUUAAAUCCUCGUCAAGUUUAUAGUCUUUCUGGAAAUGGACCAAUGCCAGGGUUAAAUUUUUUCCGCGAUGUUCCUGAGUUCAGAGUGCUAGCAUGUGGUGGAGAUGGAACAGUAGGCUGGAUUUUGGAUUGCAUAGAGAAAGCGAACUUGAUUAAGCAUCCUCCAGUUGCUAUCCUGCCUCUUGGGACUGGCAAUGAUUUAGCAAGGUGUCUGAGAUGGGGAGGAGGUUAUGAAGGUGAGAAUUUGAUGAAGAUCUUAAAAGACAUUGAGAACAGUUCAGAGAUUUUGCUGGACAGGUGGAAAUUUGAAGUAAUACCCAAUGAUAAAGAUGAGAAAGGAGACCCAGUGCCUUACAACAUCAUCAAUAACUACUUUUCUAUUGGCGUGGAUGCUUCAAUUGCCCACAGAUUCCAUAUCAUGAGAGAAAAACAUCCAGAGAAGUUCAACAGUAGAAUGAAGAACAAAUUUUGGUAUUUUGAAUUUGGCACUUCGGAAACUUUCUCAGCCACCUGUAAGAAGCUGCAUGAAUCUGUAGAAAUAGAAUGUGAUGGAAUUCAGCUAGACUUAAUCAAUAUUUCUCUGGAAGGAAUUGCCAUUCUGAACAUCCCAAGCAUGCAUGGUGGAUCGAAUCUUUGGGGAGAGACAAAGAAAAGACGUAGCCACCGUCGGACAGAAAAGAAGAGGUCAGAUAAAAGAACCACUGUCACAGAUGCCAAGGAAUUGAAGUUUGUAUGCCAAGAUCUAAGUGACCAGCUUAUGGAAGUGGUUGGUCUGGAAGGAGCCAUGGAGAUGGGACAGAUAUACACAGGUCUGAAAAGUGCUGGAAGACGGCUUGCCCAGUGCUCAUCUGUUGUCAUCAGGACCAGCAAGUCUCUGCCUAUGCAGAUAGAUGGGGAACCUUGGAUGCAAACCCCUUGCACGAUAAAAAUUACCCACAAGAACCAAGCCCCCAUGUUGAUGGGACCUCCUCCAAAAACCGGUCUUUUCUCUUCUAUCAUCAAAAGAACAAGGAACCACAGCAAGGAAUAAGCCUAUGUAGUUUAGUUUUUAGAAAACGAAUUAGCUUUGUUGGGCUUUGGAUUAUUUAUGCUGGAAAUCUUUCAAGAAUUUUAGAAUAUCUUCUACUUGCAAAAUCAUGGAUUUUGGUUUAACAGUUUCUGUAACUGAGCUAAUGUAAAACUAUGCUACUAGAAAAAAAUAUUGUCACAGUUUUGUAGGCAUUUUGCAUGAUGAAAGCAGAUGUUUACAUAAAGUGAUACAGCAUAUUUUUUGUUGCAUGCGUUACCAUUUAAUAAUCUAUGGGCUAAAUCUGCCAUGGGAUAUGGGAAGAAAAUGCCAUGGGUAAUUUGAUUUUUCUCUUUUUUCCAUUUUCACUUUUUCUACUGCAGUGAUCAUAUGCCGUACGUUCAUAGUAUCUCUUGACUCAAAUUUCUUCACAUCAAUAGCCAAUUAGACCUGUUUCAGAGUAAAGUUUAUUACAGGUCUCAUUAGCCUGUGCUUUUGUUUAUCAUUUCUUUCUACCCUGAGAAUAUUUUUAUUCAGCUAAGCAUUAAAAUCUUAUAUCUUGUUCUGAUAACUCCUAUGUAUGUGAGUAACUGUACCUGCUGAAAACGUCUACCAAUAUGUGCAGUAUUCAAAUGAUCAUGAUUACUCUUGUGUAAGUUUUCGUAAGAUUGGAAGUCAAAGCAAGUUUGAGCAAAAAC